UCAACAUAAGCAAUCAAAAGAAGUGGUUUGGUGAAUGGCAUAAAACCAGAAACAAUGUAACUGAAAAGCUGCCCAAUUCCAAUGGAACAAAUCGAAUCACACUGGCAGAUACAGUAAAUAUGACUGUUUCCCUCACUGUGAAGAAAGCCGAUGUCUCUGAUUCUGGAACCUACGUAUGUGUGAUUGGAACCAGUACCCUAAAUGAGCUAUUUCCUGGGAAUGGAACCCAAGUGACCAUUCAUGAAAUGACCGACCUGACGGUGACUCAAACCCCGGGCAGUGUCUGUGCUGUAGAAGGCUCAGAGCUCACCAUGCACUGUACGUUCCAGAACGUCACUAGUCUCAGCACCAUGUAUGUGCGAUGGUACCAGGCCGAGGGGCCGCAGAAGGAGCUGGUGAAUGGGAGCGAUGUGCUCACAGCUCUGCGUUUGGAAAGUGGCCUUGCCUCGCUCACUCUGAAGAACGUGAAGUCGUCUGACACAGGGCGCUACGUGUGCGAGGUGGGGAGCACAGCGAGGAAUCUCUCUGGGACUGGAGCAGGGACCCACGUGACCAUCCAGACUCUUGCCCUGCUGGUGAAUCAAACCCCUACCACAGUUAAUGCAGAGGAGGGGAAGCAGCUCACCAUAACAUGCAGAUUCAGGGCUCCCGAGAGCCCCUGCUCCGCACUGAAUCUCAGGUGGUAUAAACAUGGCUCUGACGACGGUGAGAAAGAGAUGAAGAAUGAAACCGGCUCAGUCACGACAGCUCUCGACGUCUCAGCGGGCCAGGCGUCCCUCGUCUGGACAAAAGCCACGAUGAAUGAUUCUGGGCGCUACAGAUGUGACUUUGGUAAAUACGGCCGUGGGGCUGAAAUCACAGUGACCAUCCGCGCUGUUGACCUGCUGGUGAGUCAGUCCCCUGCAGAGCUGACUAGAGCGGAAGGAGAAAAGCUCACGAUCGAGUGUAGAUUCAAGGUGGUGGAAGAGUCCAUGUACAGCGUUACAUGGUAUAAGAGAGGGUCGGAUGGACAUGAAACGGAGCUGAAGAAUGGAACAGGCAACAUCGCAACAGCUCUAAAUUCCUCCAUGGGCCUGGCCUCUCUCACCUUGGUAAAGAUCAGUAGGAAUGACUCUGGGCUCUACAGAUGUGACUUUGGUAAAAGUGGUGGUGGCAAUGGAACCAGAGUGACCAUCGACGCACGUGAUCCAGGGGUAACAGGCUCUUACAUUGUUCCUGGGGCUGUGGCUGGGGCAGCUCUCUUCUUGCUGGUGCUUGGUAUCUGUGUGUGGAGAUGGAGACAGCGCUCCAAAAAACCACCUCAGAGCAGGCCAGAGGCAGAAAUGAAUCAGACGAAGAGGUCUCUGCCAGCUGAUGAAGUGACAUAUGCUGACUUGAACUUUCGCAAACGGGAUGCAAAAGUGGAGGAAGAGAUUGUUUACACGGAAGUGAAGAUUCGGCCAAAACAGACAGAUGGCAAUGUCACCUAUGCAAAAAUCAACACUCAUCAUCGCUAAGGGAAUGAAUGGAGGGCUGGCGCUGCAGCGAGGAGUGGACCAAUUGACAUACAAUGGUGGCAGCCGGGUCUGUUGACAGAGUGGAAUGCCAGUUCUGGUCCCGUCAGACAAGCAGAGCAUGGUGGCACUGCAUAGUGAUGCACCUGUGGGACAAUGACCAGUAACUACAAAACUUUUUCACGUCUAAGGCAACUUUGAUGGAACUUUGUGAAUUGCUUCCCCCCACCCUGAAAUGCAGCAAUAUGAGAAUGAGACCUGCUAAUUGAGAAGAGAAUGGCAAUAGCCCCAUGGAAGCUUGUAAUGCCAGAUAGCUACUGGUCAGUGGGGAAUCAAUUUGGAGAGGGGAAAUCUACAGUACGGGUUGCUCUGAUCCAUGUAUCCAGAACAAUCGAUACCCUCCUGGUGGGAAGGAUAGUGACUCUUGGAAAUGUGAAGUGGAUGGCUUUGCUGCAGUGGGGUUCCCUAACUGAGGUGGGGCGAUUGACAGAAUGCACAUCCCCAUCUUGGCACUUGACCACUUUGCAAAAGGGUACACAGACUUAUUAAUGGCAUUGCAGGUUCUGGUGGGCUGUUUCACUGAUGUCAACAUAGGAUGGUCAAGAAAAUUGCAUGACGCGCAUCUUUAGGAAUUCCAAUCUCUCCAGAAAGUUGUAAGAUGAAACUUUCUUCCCCAAUUGGAAAAUGACCAUUGGUGCCAUUGAAGUGCCAACGGUUAUCCUUGGAGAGCCAGCCUUACUCCUUGCUACCAUGGCUUAUGAUGCACAAAGGCAGCCUGGACAGUAGCAAGGAGCAGUCAAACCACCAGCUGAGCAAGUGCAGCAUGGAGAGCAACUGUACCUUUGGCUGUUUAAAGGGACAGUUUAUCGACUAGGGUAGAUCUCAGUGAAAGUCCUGUUGUUGCUGCUGCUUGCUGUGUGCUCCAUAAUACAUGCAAAAGUAAGGAGGAAACCUUUCUGGUGGGGUGGGAGGUUGAGGAAGAGCACUCAGCCAUUUAUUUUGAGCAGCCAGGCACCAGGACAAUAAGAAGAACACAUCGAGGGGCACUGCAAAUCAGUUUCAUGAAUGAGCAGACAGCGAUGUGCUAGUCAUGUGUGUUGUUCUUAACAAGAUGCCUCCUUCUGUAUGUGUACUGGCCUGUAGACUGCCCACCCCCAUGAAGUUGACACAAACAAUAAUGAUCCU